AUAUAUCUAAGACCUGAUUGGACUUGCGUCCUAAAAGCCACGCCCCCUUUCAGUUUGGUUGAGGGGAAGGCGAAUCUUUUCUCCCAAAGCGGAUAUACCUUUCGCGGAGUAGCUGAUUGGUACCGUUCUUCAAGGUGCUGCUGGAUCACUUCACCCUUACUGCUUCGGCCAGCCAGCUUCUCCUUUCCCCCUUUACACACUGUUUUUCUCUCCCUCCCCACUUUGCCGGACUCGUCAUUUCCCGGAGUUUAAACGGCCGCAUCGUGCGAUUAAAUCAUGGAUAAGACGGAGCUGAUUCAGAAAGCCAAGCUGGCGGAGCAGGCGGAGCGCUAUGAUGACAUGGCGGCGUGCAUGAAGCAGGUGACGGAGCAGGGAGCCGAACUCACCAACGAGGAGAGGAACCUGCUCUCCGUCGCCUACAAGAACGUCGUCGGGGCCCGGAGGUCGGCCUGGAGGGUUAUCUCCAGUAUUGAACAGAAAACCGAGGGCAACGACAAGAAGCUUCAGAUGGUGAAGGAGUACAGGGAGAAGGUGGAGGGCGAAUUACGCGACAUUUGCAACGAGGUGUUGGGACUGCUGAGCAAAUAUUUGAUCGAGAACUCAACAAAUCCUGAGAGCAAAGUCUUCUAUUUAAAGAUGAAGGGUGACUACUUCAGAUAUCUUGCAGAGGUUGCCUCUGGAGAUGACAGGAAGGACACGAUAACCAACUCUCAAGGCGCCUACCAGGAUGCGUUUGACAUCAGUAAGAAGGAGAUGCAGCCCACACACCCCAUCCGUCUGGGACUGGCUCUCAACUUCUCUGUCUUCUUCUAUGAGAUCCUCAACUCUCCUGAGCAGGCCUGCGCUCUGGCCAAACAAGCAUUUGAUGAAGCCAUUGCAGAGCUGGAUACACUGAACGAAGACUCGUACAAAGACAGCACACUUAUCAUGCAGCUGCUUAGAGACAACCUCACAUUAUGGACCUCUGACAACGCUGCAGAUGAGGGUGAAGGAGGAGACGGAGAGAACUAAACGCACAUCUUCUCU